AUGAGCAGGAUUUUUUCUUCUUUGCAUUCAUUACGAAGACUGUACAAUAGGCUGUCGGAUUGUUGUACGAAGCGCGAUAUAACGAAGCAAGACGCCGAAGACCUUAGAAGCUUCAUUCUACCUCUGAAACUUCGCAUUACAGUCGAAUCGUGGCAAAAUUGCUUCAGAUAUUGAGCCCGUUCACGAUGGAGCCAACCACGUCCUUCCAGAAAGAUUCGUCAGCUUUCAGGAAACAUUUCCAUGACCUUUCCACCCCGCGCUUUACGACUGCAUCCAAGCAAAACGUCUACGAGUAUGCAAAGUUCUUUCAAGACAAUCAUGCACCGCCGUGGUUAUUUGAGCUCACCCAGGCAUGGGCUAAGCUGUACGAGGAGCCUUUUAAAGGGGUAACGGCAGACGGGACGGUUCGAGAAGGUGUUUUCAAAGCCCAAGAUGAAGGCUUGAAUAUUGGGAAAAUAGUAGACGCGGCCCAAAUUUUUUUAGGGAAACUCGAUGAAGAGCAGAAAGUGAAGGUAUCGUAUCCAAUAAACGCGCGGGAAUGGCGAGGUUGGUCAAAUCCAGAGAUACUGCUUCGACCCUUUGGGUUGAGGCUGGAAGAGGUGCCCGAACCUACAGCACUCGCCAUCCUAGCCGUCAUCGAAUCAUCUCUCUCACCAGAAGGUUACCAAAAAGCCCUUGCCGCAAUGCGGAUAAACCACUUCCUCGGCGAACUCGUUAAACUCCCACAAAUCAUGAACAAAUACUCCUACAACUUCCUGCUCUUCGGCACACCAUCGACAUCCCCAGAUUCACCCUGGGGCUGGCUACUUUACGGCCACCACCUCGACCUUUCUGUAUUCUUCAAAGGCCCUCAAAUCGUUAUAUCACCGACCUUCACAGGCGCAGAACCAAACAUCAUCGACGAAGGAGAAUGGGCGGGCACCGAAAUCCUCCGUAAAGAAGGGAACCUCGGCCUUCAACUCAUGCAGAGCCUCACACCGGAUCAGCAGGCAAAAGCGCAAACGUACAAACUCCUCAAAGACCCCGGCAUGAAGCAAACCGGCGACCUCCUCACCGACCGCUGGAACAAAGACGACCAACGCCACGUCUGUGGCGCCUUCCGCGACAACAGAAUCGUUCCCUACGAAGGAAUCCUCGUCUCCACCUUCACAUCCCCCCAACAGUCCCUCAUCCUCUCUAUCGCUGAGGAAAUGCUUCUCUAUCUCCCCGGCCCAUCCCGCAAACUCCGCCUGGAGCAAAUCAAAGCGCAUUUCGCCGAAACGUAUUGGAGUUGGAUUGGAGGAUAUGGAGAUGACGACGCGUUCUAUUUUAGAGUCCAGAGUCCAGUCGUGGUACUGGAGUUUGAUCAUCAUUCGGGCGUGUUUUUGGCGAAUACGGAGCCCAUGAAGUUUCAUACGCAUACGAUUGUGAGAACCCCGAACGCGGGGGACUAUGGGCAGGCUAUUAGAGGGCCGGCGGAGAGGUUGUGACUAUAAUAAUUGUGGACCAGGGUGCUUAAAAAGUCUGCUUUUUGAAAUGGUACGAGACUUGUUCGUGUCCUCGUGCCACCCCCUGAGUUUGAGGGCCCUUUAGUAUCACUACCUGUGCCUAUUUUUCUAGUCGUAGCUUAGGGGAUCCUUCGAGAAUGCCGUUCUCGGACGCCGACAACGACUUUGGGAUCACGAGGUAUAGAUGUACCAAUCCGAUCAAUGAAAGCCAGACGAAGC